AAUUCUGCAAGUAGUUCUAAUUUACUAUCGCUGUUCUCUAGCUGGUCUAAAACUGCUUUUGACCUAAAGGGAUGCUUUUUGGACGCUAUGGACUUUUCUCACUUUCAAGGCAGAAAGAACAGUAAAAAUGCAGGCAGGGCACAGGACAAAGCACUAGGAACAAAAUGUAUGUGAAAUGGAUGUAAGUGAAUUUAGUAAAUGUCACUUUUACCAUUUUCAAAUUUCCCGCCAGUUCCGUCCCCGUAUGACUUGACGUCGCAGGGAACAGAACCCAGAAGACAGAUGCCGGCAUCGGCUGGAGGACAUUGCCGAGGACACUGCAGGGAAGACAU